AUGAUAUCAUCAAGACUGCGAAACUUAUUGGACAUUGCCAAGAGAUUGCCAAUACCUCCUAGAGCAGGGGAUGGUGGUUUACAGACACAACAUGCGCCAUGGCCACUGCCACAGCCCAGUCAACAGUUGGUAGAUGAAUUAAAGAGUGCAUUCGAACAGGUUAUGAUAUCAGACCUGUCUAUAACAGAGAAGCAUUUGCCACUCACUCGAAACAAGCUUGCACAUCUCAAUCCGGCCAAGUCGCCCUAUGGCCUACCCAUCUCAUACUAUCCCUUGCUCGAAUGUUCUCGAUUCACAUUGGCAGUGUUUGCAAUGCCUCGCGGUUCAAUCAUCCCUCUUCAUUCACAUCCCGAGAUGUUAGUACUUAGUAAGAUGCUCUAUGGUUCAAUCAAUGUUGACUCUUACGAGAGACUUGAUGACCAUCUCUCAGAUAUCCCGACAUCGACAUCAUCAACAUCAAAGCAAUCAAUCAUUACCAACUUUAAAGGAAGGAUAACGAUGACACCAGAGAACACAACAUCGUUACUAUCACCACGAAGUGUACUUCAUAGAUUCAGCUCACCAGAGAUGCCAAGUGCAGUGCUCGAGUUACUGUUUCCUCCAUAUGGACAACCUGGUUCAUCACGCUAUUGUACAUACUACAAAGAGGUAUCUGGAGGACUUCCCGACCAACCCAUAACAACCCUAUCACCAAUCAAUGUCGACGAUGACUUCUCCUGCUUCUACGAGCAAGACAUACAACCACUACAAGAUCUCCAUCAAUACCUAACACAACAAUACUCUAGUUAG